GCAGAUAAGGAGUUUCUGAGGACUGAAGUACCUGCAAAGGGACACCUGCUUUUGAGGUUGCAGAGGUGCUGCAAUGGCUGAGCUGGAGCACAACCUCAGCCUGGCGGACGCUCUGACGGAGCCGCCCCACGAGAUCGAGGAGGAGGUGAAAAGGGACUUCAUUGCCACGCUGGAGGCAGAGAAAUUCGAUGAUGUGGUUGGAGAGACGGUGGAUAAAACAGACUAUGUGCCACUGCUGGAUGACGAGGACGAGGCGAAGCCUGGGAGCCAGGAGCCCAGGGGCAAAGCCCACCCCGAUGGAAUCCAGGUGGAACACUCCUCAGCCUGUGGCCCCACGGUGGUGGAGAACGGUGACCAUGGCCUGGGAGAUCAUCACACAGUGUUCCCAGGAGGAAUCAUGGAUGAAAAGCUGUCCUACAAGGAGUUCCUCGACCGCAACGACUCCUGGUCGACGGACGAGCGGGAGCUGCGCUUCGACCCGCAGCCCGUGUUCAAGCCCAUGGAGAUGGCUGACCCCUUCAACAUGCACAGAGGGGAGAACCUGCCGGAUUUGUCCUUUCCUGCUGACAUGAGGAACGUGCCGCUGUUCCCGGGCCAUGGGGAAGCUUCCAGAGACAUCCUCACACCACACAGCCCUAUGAUGGUACCUGACCAACCUUUCUUGGGGCCCAUGUAUUCUCCUGCAGAGGCUCUGGACCCAUCAGCCUUCAUGGGCCUGGAUUCAGGCACAGAAUUCCUGCAGGACAAAGCAGGUCCUGAAGAAUAUUGGAUGGGAGCUCAGCAGGACAUGAAGGGACCAGAUGCCUCUUUCUUUGUUGAGCCACCAGUGCCCCCUGUAACCACAGAAGCAAUAAGGACGAGUUUGCCUGAGAGCCCCCCGGCCAUGCCCCCCGGCUCUGCUCCUGCUGCAGGCUCAGCAUUCCCGGGAGAGCCCGGAGCUGCCCACGGACCAAAAGGUGCAGCCCCCGAGGCCACGCCCGUUCCUGCAGAAAAAGCUGGCUCUGUCCAUGCAGGAGACACCAGCCCUGCCCAAGCUCUGGAUGCUGGAUUUGCACCCUCAGCAGCAGCCAACCCUUUCCAGGCCACGGAUGUUGGGUUAUCUCCUGCCCCUGAAGCCAAGUCUCCCAAAGCUGUCAAUGACAAAUCCAGCCCGGGGACAGAGCUUGGCUUCUCCCCCACAGCAGAUGCUCCAUCCCACCAUGCCAUGGAUUUGGGAUUUGCCCCAGCAGAAGGUGUGGAAUCCCACCAUGCCUUGGAUUUGGGAUUUGCCCCAGCAGAAGGUAUGGAAUCCCACUAUGCCAUGGAUUUGGGAUUUGCCCCAGCAGCAGAUGCAGAACCUCAACAUGCCUUGGAUUUGGGAUUUGCCCCAGCAGCAGAUGCUUCAUCCCACCAUGCCUUGGAUUUGGGGUUUGCCCCAGCAGCAGGUGUGGAAUCCCACCAUGCCAUGGAUUUGGGGUUUGCCCCAGCAGCAGAUAAUAAACCUAACCACACCAUGGAUUCUGAGUUUGCCCCAGCAGCAGAAGUCAACCAUCACCAUGCCAUGGAUUUGGGAUUUGCUCCAGCAGCAGAUAAUAAAUCUGACCAUGUUAUGGGCUCUGAGUUUGCCCCAGCAGCAGAAGUCAACCACCACCAUGCCAUGGAUUCUGAGUUUGCUCCUGCAGCAGAAGCCAAGCCUCUUCCCACCCUGGAUUCCGGAGGUGUCCCUGCAGCUGACCCCAAAAUUGCUGUGCCUGGAGAGCUGGUGACAUCUGGGUCUGCCCUUCAGCAAGACAAAUCUCCCUUGGGCAAGUCUCCUGCAGAAGCAACGGCAAAGGUGGAACAAGAAUCCAAAGUCCCAGAAGCUCGUGUGGAUCAUUUAGAGGACACCAAGGACACCAAACCCCCUCCCAGCCCCUCCAAGGAGCCCCUUCCUGGGCAAACCAACCACCUUCCAGAACCAGCAGCUCCAGCAGAAGCAAAAGAAGACGUUGCACUAGAAAAUAAGGACCUUCCAGAAAAGUCUGUCCCUGCUGUUGUUGUGGAGGCACAAAAGGAGGAGCCUGAGCACAACCACGUGGAACCUCAGCAAGGAGAGGCCCUGCCAGAGCCCACAGUGAAACCAGAGGAGCCCAAACCAGCAGAAGCCGUGACAGGGAACGACAUCACAGCUCCUCCCAACAAGGAGCUUCCUCCCAGCCCGGAGAAGAAGACCAAGCCCUCUGCAUCCACCUCCUCUCCAAAGCCGGCAGCAGCGAAGGCCAAGCCCUCGGCCACCACCAGCCCCAAGCGCCCGGGCUCGGCCACCUCAGGCCCAAACAAAAAAGCCACGAGCCCGACUGCAGGUCCUGCAGCCAGCACUGCCAAACGCCCCGGCACCAGCACCACCCGUCCCUCCUCCUUAGCUGCAAAAGAGACUAAACCAAAGGUUGCGGAUGCGAAGCCCACGGAGAAGAAGAGCUCCCUCUCCAAGCCUCCAUCCUCCACCACUCCCAAGACUCCUCUCAAGAGCUCCCCAGCUGCUCCCAAGACCACAGCGGCGUCUCCGGUCACGGCGGCUCCUGCUGCCAAAACCACCUCGGCCGCGACUCCCAAGAGGCCGUCGUCAAUCAAAACCGACGGGAAGCCAGCGGAGGCCAAGAAGACCUUGGCAAAGUCUCCAUCAGCGGACUCGAGCCGCCCCAAGAGCGCGGCCGGCAAUGCCACCAAGAGCAGCGCCACCACUCCUUCCACCGCGGCCUCCAGCGCUCCCAGCGUGCCCGGGGCGGCCACCAGCCGUCCCAAACCCAAGGCUGCCACAACCAAACCCGCCUCGACCUCCGCGGACGCUAAAAAACCCCCCGCCAAGGCCCCCGGCAAGCCCAGCUCCACGGCCAAGCCGCCCCGGCCCAGCAGCAGCGCCUCCGCCCCCGACCUGAAGAACGUGCGCUCCAAGGUGGGCUCCACGGACAACAUCAAGCACCAGCCCGGCGGGGGGAAGGGGAAAGUAGAGAAAAGGCCCGACCCAGCCGCCGCUGCGCCCCGGCCCGAGCCCAGCGCGGGCACUAAAGUGGCUCCUCCCAAAACAGCUGUAUCAAAAGAGGGGGUCCCCAAACAGCCCAAUGGGAAAGUCCAGAUAGUCUCCAAAAAAGCGAACUACAGCCAUGUUCAGUCCAAGUGUGGUUCCAAGGACAAUAUUAAGCAUGUCCCUGGAGGUGGGAAUGUGCAGAUCCAGAACAAGAAAGUUGACCUUUCCAAAGUGUCCUCCAAGUGUGGCUCUAAAGCAAAUAUCAAGCAUAAGCCAGGGGGAGGAGAUGUCAAAAUUGAGAACCAGAAGCUGAACUUCAAAGAGAAGGCCCAAGCCAAGGUGGGAUCUCUGGACAACGUGGGACACUCACCGGCAGGAGGGGCCGUGAAGAUUGAAUCUCACAAGCUGACGUUCCGUGAGAAGGCCAAGGCUCGCACAGACCACGGAGCUGAAAUCGUCGUCUCCAAACCCCCCAACCUUUCCAGCAGCACCUCCCCCCGGCGCAGCACCUCUGCCAGCGAGAGCCUGGGCUCCGGCGCCUCCCCGUCACCGCUGCCGCGGCCGGCUGCCCCCGCCGCGCCCUCCCAGCAAGGCUUGUGACCCCCCGGCCCCGCUCCACGCGCCCCCGAGGACCCAGCUUGGCUCUCUUGACCCGGCCUCUGGCUUUAGGUGGGAAGGGACAGCGUUCCGAAGGGCGUCCCGGGGGCUCGGCCCUGCCCGGGCUCGGGGGUCCCUCCGUGGCUGGAAGGGGGUUUCCCUCCCUCCCCGUGCCCCGUCCCGUUGGCUUUGGGGGGGUCACUCCAGCGGUGGUGUCGCGUCGGGGCCGGGAUCGAGCGGCUCCAGGGCUGUUCCAGUGUAGGGAUGUGCCGGGGGCUGAAGCCAGGCCAGAGUUAACAGGGAUAAGCUGUGAUCUUUCUUUCUGUCUCUUUUUUUUUACCCCCUUUCCCUCCUCACCGCUUCAGUUGGAUGCUGAUAUAAACCCUCCACACUCGUUAGGCUGUUUCAGCUGUUGACUUGAACCUUUUAUUCUUUGUGACGACGUGUUGAUGAUUUAUUGUGCUACGAGCCCCGUGCUAAGUUUCCUUUUCUCUUUCCUUCCUUCCCACCCCGUAGGAGAGUAGGGACAUUAACCGCUGCUGCCGUGCUGGCUUCUUACUGACAUAUCCAGCCAUUGUAACUUCCUCGUUGUUGUUUGGGGUUUCUUUCAAUAUUUUGAACCGGUGGAGCGAGUUCAUGGGAUUAAGCCAUGUCUGGAACGAAGGGCACAGGGAUGUGUUAAAGGCGAACUUGCUGUGAGAGCUCAGGUGGAGCCUGUGUUGACCUCAAGGAGAUGCUCACAGCCCCUCCCCCGGGGGGUGCCCGGGGCCUCCUGCGUGUCAGCGAGGGAAAGGUGGUUUAUUUAUUAACUGGCACGGCCGGAGCCCUGGGAUUCAUCCCGGUUUUCCAGGGCUGAGGGGAGGCAGGAGGCUGCCGUGGCUGGUUGACGCAGGCCGGGAGUCCGAGGCUGAAGCAGGUCCUGGGGUGUGAGGGAUGUGUGUGUGUGUGUGUGUGUGUGUGGUUUUAGCGAGGCUGAUGGAUGGGGACCGUCGGGAUGAGCAGGAAAGGGCAGUGCCCGUCCCGGGAUGGGCAGCGAGCCGGGAGCCCUGGGCUGGGCAGCGGGGCAGGGUUAGUGCCAGGGAGUUGCAGCUCUGACUAGGAAGGAGAUUUUCCCCCACUCUUGGAGCUCCUCGUUUCGUGUUGCAAAUGACACUAAAGAAAUUAAAUGUAAAUAAAUUAAAACAGGAAAGAAAAAAAAAAAGUGUUCUUGGGUGGUCAAACUAAUUUAAAGAGGAAAAAAAAAACAAAAACAGAGAAAAGCGAAAUAGCAAAACACUGGGAUCAAAGAGAACUGAACCAGGCUGUGCUAAGGGGGGGCUGCUCCAGGAGGGGACAGAGGGAAGCCUGCAGCUUCUCAUGCUUGUGGGAAUAUUUCUUUGGGAAGCCGACAAUGACACGAUAACCCAGAAUCUGUAUUUACACACAAAGAUUCUUAUUGCACUUGUAUUUUUUAUAUUAAAGUUUGCAUGAUUUCUAAUAAAAUGGCAUUAAAAUGUACUAGUUUGCAUCAAAGUCGUCUGGUAGUUUCAUAAGUGCUUUUUGCUCUGAAUACAAAUUGAAACAAUGCAGAUUUGCACCUGAAAGGGGCGGUUAUAUAUACCCUGGAGCCCUCCCAGUGCUUCCUUCCCUUCCUCUUCCUCCUCUUCCUUCUCCUCCUCCUCCUUCUCCUCCUUCUCCUCCUCCUCCUCCUCCUCCCCACCUCUCCACUCCCUCUGUGCCACAUCCCUUUGAUCCCAAACAGGGAACGUGCCAUCGCUCCCUGCCCCCCUGUUGUCCGUGUGUGUUCCCAGCGUUCCCAGCACUGAUCCCAGCCCUGGCUCCGGAAGGAGAAGCUGGAGCUGGGGUCGGGCCGGGCCCGGGACCCCGUUUCUCCGGCCCGAGCCGGUGCUGCCUGUCCCCUGUGUCCCCACCCCGGUAUAUAUCACUGCCCUCCCGCUGGCGCUUCCUUCUUUCUCUCACUGCUAAAUUCUAAACACCAGCUUCAGCUUGUCAGUCUUGGCUUUGGUUUGGUUUCUUUUUUUCCAACACUUGAAUCCAGGGGAAGUUUGGAGGAGAGGGACUGAGGAGAGGAGCAGGCUGAGCCCCUGGGCAGGACGGGGCAGGGGCCGCGUGUUUCCCAAGCAAUAACGUCCGUGUGCUCCGGGCAGGGGCUGGGGUGAGGGUCCUGAGCCUGCACGGUGAGCCUGGAGCCUGGUUUCCCUGCCUGGAUCCCGGCUUCCCUGCCUGGAGCCUGCUUUCCCUGCCUGUGACCCACCAGCAUGGGCUGGGAAGGGGCUGGAGCCGCUCUCCAGGCUCACCGAGCUGGCAGCAGGGUUUGUGCCGAUGGGCAGCGGCCGGAGAUGCUCGUGGGUAACCAAAGAGGAGGUGGAGGCUGAGAUGUUGUGUCCCUCUUGCUGCUCUGCCCGGGGCACCCCGGGAGGAGGUUCCCUGAGUGCCCCGGGAUGAGAUUCCUGGGCGGAGGGAGGCAGCCGGGUCCCGGCCGUGGUUCAGGUGCUGCAGGAGGAAGGCAAGUGGCAACAUUGCACUUUAUCUUCUGAGAUUGCAAAAAACAAACAGCAAACGAGCCCCCGUCCCCUGCAAAGGGACAGCGACAUCACCUCUCCCCUGCACUGCUUUUAUCCCAUUUCCCGACUGCUGGGCAGCCCUGGAUGAGGAUUUGGCACCCAGGCCUGUCCCUGCCCGACACAGCCCCCGGCCCAGCUGCCCCCACCGGCCUGUGCUUCUGUGCCACUUCUCUAACACUUGUUGUGCCUGUGUUUAGCUGACAAACUAAAUCCGGAUACAUUAGUUUGCUGUGGUGUUUCUAGGACAGCUUCAGUUUUAAUAUGGAUUUCUUUUUUUGUAUUUUCUCUUGAGGAAGCGGCUGUACAUAUUGCUGGGAAGGAGCCGUGUGUGCUGGAAAUGGCUUUUCCUUUCUGGAGAGGUGGGAUGAGCUGGGUGGUGCAGAGACCUGCAGAGACGCUGCUGGGUGGGAGGGGGCCGGCAGCUCCACCGAGGGCUGGAGGCAGCAAAUUUGGGAAAAAAUAGGAGUUGUGGUCUGAAUUAGAUGCAAGUUGAAUGUACACGUUCCUGUCCUGAGCUGGCGCUGGGGGGUCCUGGCUUUGCAGGGGUGGCUGAGCUGAGCUGGGCUCAGGCUGGGCUGGAGGCUCAGCAAAGCCCUUCCCAGAGCUCGGGAUGAGGGCGAGCGGCGUUUUGGAGGUGUCUGAGCUGCUGAGGGGAUGGGGAGGGAGCAGGGCCGGGUGGGAGCUCCAUCCCAGCUGGGGUCCCUCCAGGCAGGAGCCUCCCCCCUUUCCGGAGCCUGGUGUCUCCCUGCGUAUCAGUGGCAUAUACAGUUACUUCGGGCUUUUUAUACUGUUAAACAAGUACAUUCAAGUAACAAGUUUGUGGGCUUGAGGCCACGGGAGCGGCGGCUCCGCUGCCGCCCCGGGCCGUGGCUCCCGUGGGUCGGGUCCUGACCGCAAACUGAAUGUAGUUUUCUACGCUGACCCCCGGUGUUGUCCCCGCGUAGUGUCGGUGCGAGGGGGGCUCUGGGACCCCCCGCGUUUGUGUCGUUUAGGCAGAAUUUCUAGUUUUCUUGGAGCUUGGUGGCAGUGACACCCUCGGGGGGACGGGGCGUCCCCGAGGGAAGGGCCGAGCCCCGGGAGCCGCUCCCGGUUGUCCAAAGGCAGGAGCUGGGGGGGCCCGGCGGCCUCGGGGCUUGGGAGGAAUGUCCCCCCCAAGCCCUCCCGGCCCCGGGACCCUGCGGGUGGGGUGGGAAGCGGCUCCGGGAGGCAGCAGUGGGAAUGCUCGGGCUCUCCUUCCUCCUCCCCACUGAACUCCGGCCGGGUGAGCGUUUCCCCCUCCCUCCCCCGGUGUCCGGGGCAGGAUCAGACACGAGACUCCAUCGUGCGCCCGUUGUGCUCGUCCCACCUUCGACAUCACCUGCAGCUUCCAUUGCCCGCACCGUAGGAACACCGGCCGGGCCCGAGGGGGGUCGGACACAGGACGGGGGGAGCAGAGCCCAGCCCGGAGGGUGGUCCCGGCUCCGGGCUCCCUCCUCGGUCUCGGGAAGCCACUAAACCUCUCUGCCUCAGCUCCCCCCUGCACGGGGGUGACACUCUUUACCUCACCGGGCUGUCGUGAGGCGUGAGCAGCGUGUGAGUGUUCUCAAUGUGACGUGUUCCUGUUGUUUGUGUCCUAGGGUUGUUCUGCGGGGGUGCCCGCGGGGGCUGUCCCCGGGCAGGGGGAGGUCAGUGCUCGGUGUGAGACCACAGCUCUGGGGGGUGGGCUGGGGCAGAGCCCCCCGGCCUGGGGGGACCCACCCGUUUGGUUCUGCCUUUGUGUCUCACCCUCCCCGAGGGGCUGUAAGACCGGCGUCUCCUUAGCAACAUUUCCUGACUUGAUGUUGUGAUUCUUACUAUUGUAAAGGGUUGAAAUAAAGCUUCUAGAUGUUCCUCCUCA